AUGGACAAAGUUCUGAUGAAUGUUGCAUUCAUAAUUUAGACUUCAGGAAGAGAGUUCUUACUCCGCGUGUUGUAUCUUAAAAUCUACAUUGAGGUGAUAAAUGACUUGCUUGAUCCAACUGGUCAAACUUUGCACGUUAAAGAAGAUGCCCAGAUUCUUGCUCCUACUUAUUAGAAGUUCCAAAACUUAGUUUGUAUAUGGGAACUCAUGUUGAGGGUAUAAAGGAAGAAGUUGUACUGUCUCCUAGUCAUGCACUUUCUUUCAUUGCUGUUGGGGAAGGUGCUCUUUGGGAUACUUAAGCCUCUUCUUCCUCUUCCUCCCCUACAAUGUUUUCUCCUUUCAUUGGUGAAUGAUUGAGAUGAUUGAAAGUAGUGCUCAUGGUGACGAAUAUGAUGGAGUGAUCUUCUCUCAACUUAACUUGAUUGAUUUAGCUGGAUCUGAGAGUUCAAAAACUGAAACAACUGGACUAUGGAGAAAGGAAGGAUCUUACAUCAGCAAAAGUCUUUUAACUCUUGGAACUGUGGGUGUCUUGCACUAGUCUACAUUUUUCUUUGUCCACCACAUUGUUCUUCCUCAUAUAUUGAGUGCCUAUGUCUAUUUUCUUCUGAAGCAUUAUUGUUACAAACACUUGAUUGCAGUGACAAAUGUGGCCAUCAGCAAAAAAAAUCAAUGGAAAAAAAUUUU